AGUAUGAAAUAGGCAAGAAUGUUUCUUUCUAGUAGUGUGGUCGGCGUGAACUUCCGUUAACUCUCCGUUAAUUUUCCUUUCCACCUGAAACACCGCGUCUAACGGCCCCGCUAUCUUCCGUCAUCCCUCUCUCUAUCUCUAUAUAUAUUCCUCGGCCGCUUAUUUGAUCGAAUCUCCCUCCGUCUCAUUUUCCUAAAUUCCGAAACUUCAUACAUCCCCCCUCAAUUAUAUAUCUGUAUCUAUCUAUUUCUAUAUAUAUACACGUUUAAUAUUAUCUUUCAGAUACCCAAACUAAUCAGAAAUCAUCUUAUCCAAGGCUUUUUAUAUUACAUCCUAAAGUCGAACCACAUAGGUUGCAGUUGCUCUUUUGUCAAAAAAUUAAAAUGAACCUUGGAAACGACCAAGUGAUAUACAAUAUCUGAUAGUUAUCAGAGAUAGUAUGGGCUCAGAACAAUAUGGUUAUAGAUUGACUGGUCAAGGAUCAUCUUACCCUACUUUUCAAUCACAAGCUCCCUUGGUUCCCACAAGACUAAUUGAAUCCUUAAAGUUUGAGACCCGAGACUCUCCUAAUUCGCCUUUCGUAAACCCGUUUGAUUCAGAGACAUUCACCACAUUGAGCUCAGGUGCUAGUCCUUCUUCCCUUGAAGAUUGCAGCUCUUUAAACCAGUCGAGCUUGUCUACCUUUGUGCAUAGUGGCGGUAUUCAUUACAUGAAAAAUGCUCUUCAGGAUAUAGAGACUACCCUAAUGGCACCAGAUGAGGAAGUAUCCAUGCCACCCUUGAAUCCUCCUAUCAGUCAAUGGCAGCAACAGUGGACACAUGCACCCUCUGGUUCAAAUAUGGUGCAACCGCAGGCUGUAUAUAGUCCAAGAUACAGUCCAUCCUCUGGUACUAAUCAUACUAAUAAUAUAAAGCAGUUACUUAUUGCAUGUGCGAGUGCUCUUGCUGGAAACAAGCUUGAUGAAUUUGAAAAAUUAGUCGUACAUGCACGGGCUUCUGUGUCUAUUAGUGGCGACCCGAUCCAGAGGCUUUGUGCGUAUAUUGUGGAGGGGUUGGUGGCAAGGCGGGAAUUAUCCGGGAAUAAUAUUUAUCGAGCUUUAAAGUGUCGGGAACCCGAAGGGAAAGAUCUACUUUCUUACAUGCAUAUCCUAUACGAAAUAUGCCCUUACUUGAAAUUCGGGUACAUGGCUGCGAAUGGAGCUAUAGCAGAAGCUUGCAGAAAUGAAGACCGAAUCCACAUAAUUGACUUUCAAAUAGCUCAAGGUACACAAUGGAUAACUCUUUUACAAGCACUUGCUGCUAGACCAGGGGGGCCACCUCAUGUUCGUAUCACAGGAAUUGACGAUCCCGUCUCAAAGUACGCCCGUGGAGACAGUUUAGAGUUAGUUGGGAAAAGGUUAGAAGCUGUCUCACAGAAAUUUAACAUCCCGGUAGAGUUUCAACCACUACCGUUUUACGCCCCAUUUGUGACCAAACAAAUGCUUGAUGUGAGACCUGGUGAGGCCCUGGCGGUUAACUUUGCACUUCAACUACACCACAUGCCUGAUGAAAGUGUUGAUGUGAAUAACCCGAGAGAUGAGCGGCUUAGGAUGGUGAAGUCACUUUCACCAAAAGUGGUUACAUUGGUUGAGCAAGAAUCAAACACAAACACAGCUGCAUUUUUUCCGAGGUUCUUGGAAGUUCUCGACUACUAUUCUGCAAUGUUCGAGUCAAUGGACGCAACUUUGGCACGAGAUAGAAAAGAAAGGAUAAAUGUGGAACAACACUGUUUGGCUCGAGACAUAGUCAACAUAAUUGCCUGUGAGGGUAAGGAAAGAAUAGAAAGACAUGAGCUUUUCCGGAAAUGGAGGUCUAGGUUAACAAUGGCAGGUUUUUCGCAGUACCCGUUGAGUACAUACGUAAAUUCUGUCAUCAGGAAUUUGCUGAAGUGUUACUCGGAGCAUUAUACUUUGGUCGAGAAAGAUGGAGCUAUGCUGUUGGGAUGGAAAGAUAGAAAUCUAAUAUCAGCAUCUGCUUGGCAUUGACAGUGCUAUAUACAUAAUGGUAAGUUUACAGGAGUAACUUGUUUCUUUUAGAGUAUAAUAUAUAAUCUUUUUUUGUAACCUGACCCCAAAAUAAAAUAUGUAUUUGACAUAAUGGUGGGGUGGUUAAUAUUUCAUUAGUAAUUCUGUAAUUGUUAGUUACAAAUACAUUUGUUUAUUUUUGGUACUUGGUAGAAUGGUAGAGCAGUAAGAGUGUAGUAUUAUUGA